AUGUCCCAGCUGCAGGAGAACAUCCACAGCAUCAUCACUGCCUUCUAUAACUGCAGCAGAGGUGAGGGCAGCUGCAGCCCCCUGAGCAGGGAGGAGCUGAGGCAGCUCAUGGAGCAGGAGUUUGAGGAUGCAAUGGAGAGCCCCCAGGACCCCACCACUGUCACGAAGGUGCUGUGCUUCCUGGCUGAUGACAGCAGCUGCAGGGUGGACUUCAGGGAGCUGCUCAGCCUGGUGUUCAGGGUGGCCAAGGCUUGCUACCAGCCACAGCAGCAGCCCCAGGCUCUGGGGGAUGCUCAAGAGCCAACAGGGCAAGAGAAGGCAGGGGGGAAACAGCUGCUGGGGCUGAGCACUGGGGAGAGGACUUCCCACAACCAGCAGGGCCCUGAGCAGGCUGUGAGCAAGCAGAGCACUGAGACACAGGACCCAGAGACAACAGCAGAACAGGACCCAGAGACACCAGAACAGGACCCAGAGACAGCAGAGCAGGACCCAGAGACAGCAGAACAGGACCCAGAGACACCAGAACAGGACCCAGAGACAGCAGAGCAGGACCCAGAGACAGCAGAACAGGACCCAGAGACAGCAGAACAGGACCCAGAGACAGCAGAACAGGACCCAGAGACAGCAGAACAGGACCCAGAGCACCAUCAAAGUCAGGAAGGUGAAAGACUGGAGCAAGAGCAGGACACACAGCAGGAGGAUGGCACUGAAGCACCAGAAGGGGAUCCAGAGAGAGGUGAGGUGCUGGACACUGCAGCUCCAGAGCAGAACAGAGCUGAGGCUGAAGAGGCUGAGACACCAAAGCAGGAUCUCAAAAGCUCUGAGGCCCCAGGACCUGAGGCACCAGGAGAAGGCUCAGAUCACCCUGAGGCAGAGCCAGCAGAGCAGGACCUGAGUUUUCCCUCUGAGACACAAGACAGAGACCCAAAGAACAAGCCCCAGGUCUGCAAUGGCCCUUGGCAGGACCCAAACCUUGGCGACCCCCAGGAGCUGCUGCCCCAACAGGGACCAUGCCAGGAGGCAGCUUUCCAUCUGCUCCCUGAAUCCAAGGAGUUGGAGCAGGGGCAUGGUGAGGCAGAGGCUCCACCUCACCCAGCUCAGCACCAAGGAGAUGCUCAGCACCAGAGACAGCCUGUGAUGGAGCAGCAGCAGCUGCAGCCUCUGUGCCAGUGGCCACCAGAGCAGUAA